UGAUUCAAAAUGGCGGACCAAAAAGAGCUUCGUAUCGGUUUUGUUGGAGGAGGAAACAUGGCUUUUGCCAUGGCUAGAGGCUUUAUUAAAUCAGAAUUAGUGAAGCCUGAGAACAUCAUUAUCAGUACUUUGAGUGACAGAGGCGUCGGGAAAUGGAAGGAAAUGAAUUGUAGAGCAACAAAAAUAAAUCACGAAGUCGUCAAGAAUUCCGAAAUAGUUUUUAUUGGCGUCAAACCGCACAUUGUGAGGACAGUGAUGAAAGAGUUGCAGAAUGAUUUCACCAAGGACCAUCUGGUGGUGUCUAUUGCAGCAGGCGUAACACUUGCAACAUUUGAGAGUUUUGGUGUCAGAAGAAUGGUUCGUGUCAUGCCAAGCCUUCCAUGCGCAGUACAACAGGGUGCAUCAGCCUUUUCAUGCGGUAGUAAUGUAACAAGAGAAGAUGCUGCAUUAGUCCAUCGCUUGAUGUCAUCUGUUGGCUAUGUAGAAGAAGUAAAGGAGUCCCUAAUAGAUGUUGUUGCUUCAAUCAGUGGCAGUGGGUCUGCAUUCCUUUACCUUGUCACUGAAGCUCUUGCCGAUGGAGCUGUGAAGGCAGGCCUACCUAGGCCUUCUGCUAUGGCAUUUGCUGCUCAUACUGUGCAAGGUGCUGGAGCUGUCGUCAAUCAAACUGGGAAACACCCAGCACAAUUGAAGGACGAGACAUGUUCUGCUGGCGGUUCGACUAUUGUAGGCAUCCAUGAGCUUGAGAAGGUCGGGGUUCGUGGGGCUUUCAUCAGUGCUGUUGAAUGUGCCACCAAACGUGCCAAAGAACUGGGCAAUUAACAGCUAAAUAAAAUUAAAAUAGUGUAGAUUUCAUAUUACUGUGACAAAUGUACAGACGUGCCCUAGUAUCAUGUUCAAGAAAUUUCAUUGGACGAACUGGAUGUCACUUGCUGUGAUUGGUUGAAAAAAACAUCAAUUCCAUGCCGUGCCGUUUCGUGUCAAAGUCAUAAGAAAUUCACUUAAAAUAAGAAAAAUAGGAUGUAAUAAAAUAAGACCAUUAAACCCUAAAUAAAUCCCUAAAAAACAAAAACAAAAAAACAAAAAAACCUUAAACUCAAAGUUAUUUUCCUAGGAAACUAAAGACACAAUGCUGAAAUUAUAAAUGCGUUACAAGGCUCGUAAUUUACCUAUUACGCAUGUUCUUUUACGUUAUAACUAGUGUCUUUAAAUGUGGUAUUUUUUGAAAUAAAAAUGGGGAAGAUUUCA